UUAUCUGAUAUCUUUCCCGUCCCCCAAAAACAAAUCACAUUUAAUGCAAUCUUCAUCACGGGCAGCUAUAAAACAACGUGAUUAAUUGUACAUUAACAUAAAAACCAUUAUUUGCACUUUACGCCCCUAUUUAUACAAACUACAAACAUCCCACGACCCAACAUUACAAGACAACAACAAAAAUAAGCAAUUUCCACAAACACAAGAAAAAUGGAAAUGGGCUCUGCUCAAAACAGAGUCCUCUGUUCUUCAUCUAUAUCACUCUUUCUAUUUCUAUUCUCAUUCUUUUCGGUCCCCGGCGGGGUUCGAGGCCAAUCGACGUCGCCGCCUUUCGCCUGCGACGUCGGUGCCAACCCGUCUCUGGCCGGGUUCGGGUUCUGCAACGCGUCGCUGGGGAUCGAAUCGAGGGUCGGUGACUUGGUGAAGAGGUUGACAUUGCAGGAGAAGAUUGGAUUCCUGGUGAACAGCGCAGGGGCUGUGAGCAGGCUGGGAAUUCCCAAGUACGAGUGGUGGUCUGAGGCUCUUCAUGGGGUGUCGUAUGUCGGUCCCGGGACGCGCUUUUCGAGUGUCGUUCCGGGCGCAACUAGCUUCCCUCAGGUUAUCUUGACGGCCGCUUCUUUCAAUGCUUCUCUGUUUGAGGUCAUUGGAAAGGUGGUUUCAACGGAGGCGAGGGCGAUGUACAAUGUAGGAUUGGCAGGCUUAACAUAUUGGUCACCAAAUGUGAACAUAGUCCGAGACCCCAGAUGGGGAAGAACUCAGGAGACCCCCGGAGAAGACCCGCUGUUGUCGAGCAAAUACGCCUCCGGCUAUGUCAGAGGCCUGCAGCAAACAGACGGCGGCGGCCCCAAUCGCCUUAAGGUUGCCGCCUGCUGCAAGCACUACACGGCAUAUGAUUUGGAUAAUUGGAAAGGCUAUGAUCGCUAUCACUUCAAUGCUGUGGUCUCAAAGCAAGAUUUGGAUGACACAUUUCAGCCCCCAUUCAAGAGUUGUGUUAUUGAUGGGAAUGUUGCUAGUGUCAUGUGCUCUUACAACCAGGUUAAUGGCAAGCCAACUUGUGCUGACCCUGACCUUCUCUCCGGGGUGAUUAGGGGCGAAUGGAAAUUAAAUGGGUACAUAGUUUCGGAUUGUGACUCAGUAGAUGUGUUGUACAAUUCCCAACACUACACCAAGUCGCCAGAGGAAGCAGCAGCCAAGACUAUACUGGCAGGUUUGGAUUUGGACUGUGGAAAUUUCCUUGGCAAAUACACAGAAGGCGCGGUCAAAGGUGGACUUUUGGAUGACGCGCCAAUUGACAAGGCCAUUUCCAACAAUUUCGCCACGUUGAUGAGAUUGGGCUUUUUCGAUGGAGAUCCAAAGAAGCAGCCUUACGGCAAUCUGGGCCCAAAAGACGUGUGCACCCAACAGCACCAAGAGCUGGCCCGUGAGGCUGCAAGGCAAGGCAUCGUGUUGCUGAAGAACAGUGUAGGAUCUCUGCCUCUGUCUGAGACUGGCAUUAAAAACUUGGCAGUUAUUGGCCCCAAUGCAAAUGUCACCAAAACCAUGAUUGGCAACUAUGAAGGCACCCCAUGCAAAUACACCACUCCGUUACAAGGCCUUAGCGCCUUGGUGUCGACCACAUACCACCCGGGGUGUGCCAAUGUGGGUUGCGGCACCGCCCAGGCGGAUGAGGCGGCAAAGAUAGCAGCCGCAGCGGAUGCAACCGUGCUUGUCGUGGGCUCGGACCAGUCCAUUGAGGCCGAGAGCCGCGAUAGGGUUGAUCUAACUCUUCCAGGACAACAGCAACUCUUAAUAACACAAGUUGCAAAUGCGUCUAAAGGACCAGUCAUCCUCGUUAUAAUGUCAGGAGGAGGUUUUGAUAUUUCCUUUGCCAAGAAUGAUAACAAGAUUACAAGCAUUCUUUGGGUUGGUUUUCCUGGUGAAGCUGGGGGAGCUGCCAUGGCUGAUAUCAUUUUUGGAUUUUACAAUCCAAGUGGAAGACUACCCAUAACGUGGUAUCCUCAAUCCUACGUGGGGAAGGUCCCAAUGACAAACAUGAACAUGAGACCCGACGCGUCCAACGGAUACCCGGGUCGGACUUAUCGCUUCUACACGGGCGAAACCGUCUAUUCGUUUGGGGACGGGCUAAGCUACACCCAAUUCCACCACCACCUCGUCCGCGCACCGAAACUUGUCUCCUUCCCAUUGGACGAGGCUAACGCGUGUCGUACGUCGAGGUGCACCACACUGAACGUCGGUGACCACGAGCACACCUGCCAAAACCUCGCCUUUGACAUCCACUUGCGGGUCAAAAACGUGGGGACAAGUGGCGGGACCCACACGGUUUUCUUGUUCUCUAGCCCUCCUUCAGUGCACAACUCACCAAGGAAGCACUUGUUGGGCUUUGAGAAAGUUUCUCUGAAGGCCCAAUCGGAAUCGCUGGUGAAGUUCACGGUUAAUAUUUGUAAGGACUUGAGUGUGGUGGAUGAGGUUGGGACAAGGAAAGUUGCUUUGGGCCACCAUUUGCUUCACGUGGGAGAUUUGAAGCAUUCCUUGAGUGUGAGGAUUUGAUUCCUCUGCCCAUGAUUUUUCUUUUUUUUUUUUUGUUCUUUUCUUUUCUUUUCUUUUAAUUUAUUUUCCCUUUUGGUGUCAAGCUUUAAUCCUCAAGGGAACAAAAAAUUGUCGAGAGUGAAAAAAAAAAAAAAAUUUGAGAGCUAUAAAUAAAUUGAGGGAGUUGUAACAAAUUUUCUCAAUGGAUUAUGGUAUA